AUCCAACCAAACCCCUCCGCGUCGGGUUGGGCACCCCCCAUGGGAAAUGCGUCUCUGGGCGCUGUUGCCGCUUGGCCUGUCGGUGGACUUGGGCCAUGAGGCGGCCGCGCGCCUGGAUGGCUGUGCGCAGCUCUUGCUGGAGACCCGCGGGGCGAGGAAUCACGAGGAGGAGCUCAUGUCCUGCCGAGUGCCUCUGCUGGGCUCCCUGCAUGAGGACCGGGUGCCGGGGUACCUCUACAACGCCACGGAGGACUGCCACUUCUGGGCCUCCUACGCGGCGCGUGACCGCCACGUGGAGGGCUCCAGCGUCCUGGACUUCUCUCGCCUCGCGGCCUUUCGCCUGUCGGCGCCCUUCGAGCCCCCGCUGCGGCGCAACGGCACGGCGCUCUACGUGGGUGCCCACCGGCUCGGGGAGGAUGGGGUGGAGUUCCAGCGGCGCUUCGGCUUGCAGAUGCACCUCUUCGAGCCCUCGCCCACCUAUUUCAAGAGCCUGCAGAGGUCUUUAGCGAGUUGGCCGGGCUUCACGCUCCACAACUACGGCCUGGGCUCCAAGACCCGCGUCGCGCGGCUCCAGCUCAGCGGCACCGCCUCGCGGGUGGUGGACCCGGAGGAGGUCGUGGAUGAGGCCGUCUCCGAGGCUGUCUCCGAGGCCGCCCUGGCCGGAGGGCCCGAAGAUACUGAGGCAGUGUGGAUCCGUGCCGCCGCGGAGGCGAUCCCGGAGGUGCUGGGCAGCGAGGAGGUGGAGCUGCUCCACGUGAACUGCGAGGGCUGCGAGUACGACGUGGUGCAGGGCCUGGCGCAGGCCCAGCAGCUGCCGCGAAUCGCGCAGAUCCAGGUGGCGACGCACUUGUUGGAGUUCCGGGGGCCCAGCAGCGACUUCCAGGAGGCGGUGGCGCUGUCGCUGCAGGUCAGCACCCAGCGCUACUGCGAGAUGCACCGCCUGCUGGCGCGCACGCACCGCCGGGUCUGGGGCCUGCCCUGGGUCUGGGAGCGCUGGACGCGGAAGUGAGCGACGGAGCGACCCAAGUGGGGUAGGG